UCGUACAGAUACGAAAUGUGCAUUGGGAAUAAGGUUCCGCGAGUUUGUUUACCGGGCGCUGGCGACGUCGAGGGCGGCGGUCGGUGGUCGGCGGUCAGCUGGGUGCGCGCGCCCGCGGUCGAUAGGGCGGCACGUGGCGCGCAGGCGCGGCCCUAUCGAGCCCACACGGGCCGCCGCCGCCGCCGGCCGCGCACGUCAUGCAUGCGGGGUCCUAGCACGCGCGCCCGCCUAAUGGGCACCGUGCUCAGCUUCAGCCCGCGCGAGCGGCGCCCGCCCGCCGGCGCGCCGCCGCCGGACCGCGCCGCGCUCGCCUACUCCUACGAACGACUCAACAACGCCAAAAACAGAGAGAACAGGGAGGUCCCCCGAGACGAGCGCCGCGCCACCCUCGACGACGCCGCCAAAAUCAUCUCCGAGAAAACGGCGCUCGAGAAAAACUUGAAAAAACACUCGCUGUUCAUAAACGCCUUAUCUUGGAAGAGGUUUUCUACGGCCAAUAACAAUAAGAAAAAGUUAGAAUGCAAGACGAAGAGCGUGACGACGUUCAGAGCGCCUUUAACAGACAAUGCACCCUUGGACAGGAACAAGAAUGUGACCGUCCAGGGGACGAUAUACGCGCGGCCUGCGCCCGUUUCGGCGCCGCUGCCGCCACCGGCCGAGGUCGCGCGGACUAACGCGCUCAACAACAAUGUCUGCUACUCGGAGAAGCUGCCGACGACGGCGGUGGGGCCGGCGGUGGCCCCACGCAAGACCGUCAUCCAGGCUUCCACCUCCGAGCUGCUCAAGUGCCUGGGGAUGUUCCUGCACACGCGCUGUCACCGGCUACGGGACUUCCAAGCGGGGGAUGCGGUGAUGUGGCUCCGAACGGUGGACAGAUCGCUGCUGUUGCAGGGAUGGCAGGACGUGGCAUUCAUCAACCCCGCCAACGUGGUGUUCGUGUACAUGCUGGUCCGCGAGCUGGUGGACGGCGACCGCAUCGCGCGCCCCCAGGAGCUGCAGGCCGUCGUGCUCACCUGCCUCUACCUCUCCUACUCCUACAUGGGCAACGAGAUCUCCUACCCGCUCAAACCCUUCCUCGUCGAGGACUCCAAGGACAAGUUCUGGGACCGCUGCCUUCUCAUCGUCGACCGGCUCUCUUUCAACAUGCUCCGCAUCAACUCCGAACCCGGCUUCUUCACUGAAGUGUUCACCGAACUGAAGGCUUGUGGGGCCGUCGAGAGCCCGCCCCCCGCGCCCGCGCACCCGGCCCCCGCCCCGCCGCACGCCAUCUCGGCCGCCUGACACACAGAGGUCGCGGUGCUGAGGUUAGCCCUGACUGACCGCCCCAGUCGCGUUUGAUGUCGGCUCUACACGACCGCUCUUGUUCAAUCGUCUGACACCGAACGAGCACGGACGGGCUUAGAUGAAGUCUAAGUCUAGCCAAUUAAUAACUUCUAAGUGGAGUGUUCUUGUAGUUACGUCUGAACUGUUUGGAGAAUGUAGUGAAAUUGAAAGAUAUUUAUUUGUAGGUAACCGUGAAAGGAUCCUGAAAGCUUUGGUAGGAAAUACUCAUUUUUGAAUUUAAACUGAAGUAAACUGAGCAAGUUUAUGUUGUUCUAAGUGCAGCAUGAUAUCGACGUUGUUAUUUGCUCAAGAAUGUAAUCCCGCCGUGACGAUUGACCAAGAAUUUAUUUGAAAUCUUAUUCAUUUCAUAAGACUGGUGAGCGCGAACGGGGGAAGAAAACGCGAGGAAAUUGAUUGACCGAAAAAGUUUGCAAAGCAAUGAGCCGCUAAUAAUUAUGCGGAAGUUUCGUGUCAUAUUGAUCGUAGAAAUUCAGCUGCUAUGACUGUUGGGUCAUUCUCAAAUUAUAUGACUGCGGUCAGACUCAACUCCGUCAAACUUUUCAUAUACAUUAAGUAAGGUUUGACGGAGUUUAGACACAGCACAAAUCUGGAGAAUGAUCCUGUUGGACCACGUUCCGGAACCAACGACACAGGCCGUAAACACGACUCGCGUUUGUUGGUCCUAUUGUUACUGGGCAAGAUAACCUACACGUGCCGUGUCGACUUCGAUUGCUGCAUUUUACAUAAUUAAUGUCUGUAAUUUUAAAGUAGGUAAUUUGUCUGGUAAAUAUACUUUCUGGGGCCGCUGCGGAGCGGCGUUUAGUCCAAUAGAACAGCGGUUAGUUAAUAAGUUAAGAGUUUCGUAAUGUAGUGAAAUGCUCGCAUGCCAUAUACCUAGUUAGUCGUUAGAAGCAGGCGGGAGGAUGCAAUAGCGGGGAACCGUCAGUAAAAUAAAGGAAUCCGGUGAAUCCUUCUAUGAAGUGUACGUAAAUACGGCCGUCAGCUUAAAGCGGGGCGAUUGAACCAUUGGUUGAAGUAUAUUUAACAAAUAGGUCAAAUAUUGCGAACGAUUAAGCGUUUUGUACAGUAAUAUCGAAUAAAUUUAUAUGUUAAGUCAUAAAUAGUCUGGUGUGGUUAAAUGGGGUUGGUUUGUUCGGUGUGGAAAGAUGGGCAGAGACCUAGGGCACUCGGUGUGACUUGACCACAGGCCUGGAACUAGUUAAUGGAUUUCUAAUCGUGGAUCGUAAGUACUAAACGAACGCAAUAGCCUAAAUAUACUCAAGAAAAUGUUUCCAGAACAGGGCGAUAGAGUUUUUUUCUAAGAUUGAGAAAGACAACGUACUUAAAGCGGGAAUUAGGCGACCGCCAUAUCUAGAUAUGGCGGUCGCCGUAUAACUUGUGUGGCUAAACCAUUCGCCUAUGCGGUUAACUUUGGGUAUACCGCAUACGUUUAGUCAGUCGCAUGCGGCAACCGCAGUACCUAAUGUAAUUGCGGUAUUAAACUUAAGUUAAUUAUCUAUUUCUAGUCAGCGUUUAUUGUUUUCCUAUAAAAUUAGUUCUUAAAAUUAAAUUAAAUUAAAUUGUAGCUUAGAAAAAUUAAUAAAAAUGGCUAAUAUAGAUCGAUUCAGGAAAGCUGGUGCGGAUUUUAAAUAAGAAUUUUGACAUUUCAGUACGAAUUGCGCACCUCAGCUCUUAUGAAUCUAUCUCUACUUAUUACUUAAUCGAAUUAAUGGGUGAUUGUAGUUAAUGAACAGUGUCACCGAGUGCCGUAGUUAAAUGUACGUUAGUAAAGGUACGGAGUGCCAGUAUUUAAUGAAACUGGAAUCUCAUAAACAACUAGGGGAAGUAGAUGUCUGUGAUGUUCAUUGACUUAGAUUUGUGUUUGUGAUAUGUUUCGUUUUGUUAUUUAUUUAUUUACUCCGAUGAUUGUUGUACUUAUUCUUAGAUGUGGUUAGAUAUUGUAAGGCAAUAAUUGAUUUGGUCAACAGUACACAUUCCGAUAUAAUGGUUAUUAAAAGUUUUACUUAGGAGAUCAUCGUGCAUAGCGUAAGGAGAACAUCGGUGUCGAAUAUUUAAUUUCCUCUUAUUUAAAUUUUAUAUAGCGAAAAAACUCAAUUUAAAAGUACAGGCAGUGACAAAAAUAUUUAAGCUCACGGGCUUAUCUAUCAAUCACAAUUUAGUUUAGACAAAUGUUACUGUUCUAGCUAUUGGAACGCUACGCAUAUCGUACGUAGUACGUGGCGCAUGAUCGGAAACCUUAUCUAAAUGCAAUAAGGUUGAUAUUGAGCUGUAGCCGGGCGCGUCAGUUGACGUCUUUGGUGUCAAAAUGGUAGGUAUUUUUAUGUCAACACUCUUUACUGACAAUUUUUAAACCUUAUUACAACGAUAAGGUCCACCGAUGGUCGUUAGUAAGUAGAUACGUAUAAAGGUCCCUCCACACUUGUGCGCGAAUCACGGCGCUAAGCCGCGAACGCGAGUGUGCAUGGAGUCGAUUUUGCAGAUCUGCGACGCUCGCUCCACACUCGCGUUCGUGGCUUCGCGCCGCGAUUUUCGCACGAGUGUGGGGCGGGCAACAUUUCGUUACUGCUGCACGAUGUUGCUCCUAUUAGUAAAGGUAGCAUAAUAAUAUAAGGAUGUUCGUUGGACUAUUAAGUAUAUAAGACAUGAUCUUGAUGCCGUCUGAAUAUCUAAAACUUCCUAUUUACCUGUAUUGAAAUUCAAAAGUACCUUAUAAUACUCUGAUUGAAAUAGCAUAAUGUUGAAACUAGUCAGUUUUAGAACUUUGUUCUAUUUUAUCUUGACAAAUGCCCUUAUUUUUGGACAAGAUCCUAAUAGAAAUUAAUUAUUUUCUUAUUCCGGUGUUUACUUUCUUGGAAACAGUAGGUAUCAGGCUAUGUAUACAUUCCAAUUAUUAGUAAAUAAGUUCAUCAGAUACAGCUUAAUGUCAAAUUCCAGCGAUCUCUGGGUUAUUCUCAAACUUUCUUUACAACGUUUCAAACGCUGUCCACUCUGGAAUAAAGAACCCAACAACUUUACUAACUUUUGUUAUAAAACAGUCAAAUAUUUCAGAAAUAUCGGGGUAGUGGUAUACAAUCGAAAAAAG